AUGUUCUGGAAGUUGACUGCUCUCUCUGCUGCUUCCCCCGUGGAAUCGAUAUUAGACAAGGAAGACUUCACUUUGGAGGAGCUUCUGGAUGAGGAAGACAUUAUCCAAGAAUGCAGAGCUUUGAACAGCCGUCUCAUUAAUUUUUUGAGAGAAAGAGACCAAGUGGAACAGUUACUACGUUUUAUUGUUGAAGAAUCUCCAGAAGAUGCUGAUAGCAAGCGCGCUUUCAAGUUUCCUUUCAUCUCCUCUGAAGUCUUGACUUGUGAGAUUGAUGUGAUUCUUAAGACUUUGGUGGAGGAGGAGGAGCUAAUGGACCUACUUUUCUCCUUUUUGGAACCUAACCGUUCUCACAGCGUAAUGCUAGCUGGGUAUUUCAGCAAGGUAGUUGUCAUAUGCCUUAUGUUGAGGAAGACGGUCCCGCUGAUGAACUAUGUAAAAGCCCAUCAGAAUGUUUUCCAGCAACUGGUUGAUUUGAUAGGGAUUACGUCCAUUAUGGAGGUUCUAAUUCGGUUGGUUGGUGCGGAUGAUCAUGUUUAUCCCAACCACACGGACGUGAUGCAAUGGUUAGCUGAUAGCAAUCUGCUUGAAAUGGUCGUUGAUAAGCUUAGCCCAUCAAAUUCUCUUGAAGUUCAUGCAAAUGCUGCUGAAACAUUGUGCACUAUUGCACAAAAUGCACCAUCACCUUUGGCUACGAAGCUCUCCAGUUCAAGUUUUGUUGCAAGGAUAUUUGACCAUGCUUUCGGAGAUCCCCACUCCAAAUCUAGCCUUGUCCACACACUCUCGGUGUGCAUUUCAUUGUUAAGCCCAAGAAGAUCUCUAGUUUCUUCGUCCUUUAUGUAUUCAUUCAGGGGCCAACAAAUCUUUGAGUCUCCAAUUUCGGUGAAUCCGGAGACUAUUGCCACCAUGCUGCCUAGACUUGGUGACUUUGUCAAACUUUUAAACGCGACCUCUGAUGAAAAAGUGUUACCUACCACCUAUGGACAGUUGAAACCUCCUCUUGGCAGUCAUCGCCUGAAGAUCGUGGAGUUCAUCGCUAUCUUGUUGAAAACACGAAGUGAAGCUACAGGAAAAGAACUAGCCAGCUCAGGAGCGAUUAGAAAAGUCCUUGAUCUGUUCUUCGAGUACCCAUAUAAUAAUGCACUGCACCAUCAGGUGGAGAGUAUAAUAGUAUCGUGUUUGGAGAGCAAAAAUGACGAGAUUGUUGACCAUCUUCUCCGCGAGUGUGAUUUGAUUGGAAAAAUUCUCAAAACAGAGAAACAGCCAAUCCUUUCUGGUGAUGACCAGCCAACAAUACCUGCUGCUGGAAAGAUGGCUCCACGGGUGGGAAAUAUUGGUCAUAUUUCAAGAAUUUCGAACAAGCUUGUUCAGCUGUCGACUAACAGUGACCUAAUAAAGACUUUACUUGAGGAACAUAACGAAUGGGGCGAGUGGGAAGCUAAUACAUUGCAUGACCGAAACGCAGUCGAGAAUGUUUAUCGCUGGGUUUGUGGACGCCCAACUGCAUUACACGAUAGGACUAGGGACAGUGACGAUGAUGAAGCUCACGACAGGGAUUAUGACCUUGCUGGUUUAGCUAAUAACUUGAACCAAUUUAGAUACAACAUGCAAGAGAACAAUGGUGCCGGGGAGGAGCACGGUUCCAAUGACAGAGAGGAAGAGGAUGUGUACUUUGAUGACGAAUCUGCUGAAGUUGUUAUAUCAUCUCUAAGGCUUGGUGAUGAACAGGACAACAAUAUAUUCACAAGCUCGAACUGGUUCACGUUUCAAGGAGAUGAGUUAGGUGACAACACAGGAACAGGGGCCAUUCCUUCAGAGGAAGCAAUGGAAGAUGUAAGCUUGAAUGAAAAUGGAGAUGAAGAUGAUGAUGAAGAAGAAGACUGUUUGAUUACAGAAAGCAACAACCCUUUUGUAGCCACAGCUUCAACCUCAGAAGCAGUCUCUGUAGACAACAACACCGUACCUGGAGAUAUCGAGAUCGAAGAAGAUGUGGUUUCAGGUGAAUCGUCACCCGAAAUGGUUAACCGUGGAGAUCCUUUACCUGGGGAUGACGUGAAGAUGCCUGAUGUGAGAGUUUCAAACGGUUCGUCAUCCUCGGAAGGCGAGAUAAGCCCGAGAUCACCACCUGUACCUUCGUUAUUUGGCAAAGACGUUGAGUAUGUUGGCGUGGAGCCAGAAGGAACCGAGAGGGCAAUGGAUCAAGCUCUAAAGGAAGGGAUAGUGGGAGAGGCAGGGCCAAUGAUGAGGAACAACACUACAGCAUCGCCGGGAAAGGAGAGCUCUGAUGAGAAUAUACAGCAGGAGUACAACGACACUAACUACUGGAAAGUCGAUCAUGAGGUGGCCGUGGUUGAAUGAUGAUGAUGUUGUUGAACAUUGUUGUCGGAAUGAUUCCCAAGCAGAAAGGGAAAGGAAAGGAAAGGUACGUGUGAAUGUACAUUACUACUAAGUCUCAUCUCUUUUGCUUUUUGUUUUUUCUUUUGGGGAAUAGUGAAGUGACUGAUCUGCUCGUUUAGGUUCUUACAAAAUUUGGAUGUUUUUGCUAUAUGUCUGUCAGAUUUCACCCUUUUUUUUUUUUAUUAAUACUCUUUUGAAAUGUUUGAUUAAAAAUUGGGACUCGUUGUAAAGACUUUUGUGAUUGUUGCACGUUCUUUGGGUAAUAAAUACUGAAAGUUUUAUGUUUUAG